CGAGCCACAGGCAACAUCCCCCUCCACACUGAAAGGUCGUCCCGCAACCCGCCAGCCACCAUGUCGUACGGCUCCAUCGACGAAGGCUCCUUCGGGCCCCGGAACCCCUUCGGAGGCCCCAGCAGUCAGGGCUACCGACCCGUGGCCACCCAGGUCAGCUUUUCAGAGCUGCAAGAUGUGUUCCAAGAAACCUCAUCCAAUAUCUUCCAGAUCAAUGCCAACGUCGUUACACUAGAGAAGAGCUUCCAGUCACUCGGAACAUCCAGGGAUACGGCAGAACUACGACAGAGUCUCCACGCCACACAGCAGCAGACCAACAAAGUCAUCACGAGUACGAGUCAACUCAUCAAGCAGCUCUCUGACAUCAUCAGCAGCUCUUCACGGCAGGAUCGCCUUCGCCUCACCCGGUUAAAGACUGAGCUGUCGGAGUCGGUCCAGCGCUAUGCAGACCUGCAGAAGAAAAUCGCAGACCGCACAAGGGCCUUACUUCCUCCGGCACAGAAGGAAAAUAAGAGUCCCCAGACGCCAUUCACUGAGCUGUGUGAGGAGGGUCCCCUCUUCAGCGGCGCCGAGGGUCCGGAGGGCAGCAUCCAGGCCUUCCUGUCGGAGAUCAGUGAGGACGACGUGACGGCCCUGCGGCAGCGGGAGGAGGCGCUGCUGCAGAUCGAGCGAGACAUGCUGGAUGUAAGUCAAAUCAUGAAGGAUCUGGCCAGUAUGGUGCAUGAGCAAGGAGAGUCUAUAGACAGUAUUGAGGAUUACAUCCAGACAGGCUCAUCCAACGUCGAAAUGGCCAAUCAGGAGCUUGCGAAGGCCAGCCAUCACCAGAGGCAGAUGAGGAAGAGGAAGUGCUACCUACUGGUGGUGGGGGCUGUGGUCCUGAUCGUCCUCAUCAUCAUCAUCGCUGUUUCGGCGAGAAAAUGAAAUCGGGCAAACAAUGGUAGACGCUGUCUUCUGCCUGACCCCAUCCUGGGCCUGACCAGCUGACGCUUUCUCUGAAAGGGAC